UCUCCGACAUAGAGAAUUAAGUCGUGAAACUUCUUCUCGUCUCUGUCUCUCUCUCCGAUUCCGAUUGAAUCAGAAGAGAAUCAAUCGAGAGGGAGGAGUUAAUCGGGAUGGCGUCGAGAUGCGAAAUUCUCUGCGAGAUCCUGCUCGCGAUUUUGCUACCUCCACUCGGCGUAUGCCUCCGUCAUGGCUGUUGCACAGUGGAAUUCUUUAUCUGCUUGGUUCUAACUAUUUUGGGGUACAUUCCUGGGAUUAUUUACGCUCUCUACGCAAUCGUCUUCAUCGAUCGCGAUAGGUUCCGCGGCGAUUAUUACGAACUCGCUUAGUAUGACGGCUUAGCUCCUUUUGUUUCAUCCUUGAUUUCCUAUUCCGUUUUUUAUUUCUGGUUGUUUAUAUGUUAAUUUCUGUUUAUUGCGGUCUAUUGGACUCCAAUAUUGUUUAGAUGCUUUACCAACUACCAAGCGCUGUAUUUUGAAACCAGACUUGAAAAUGCGGAUUAUUUUGUGAAAUAUGACUUUUAUUGGUGGAAAUCUUAUAGCUUUGAGCAAUUUUCAUGAA